UCUUCUGAAAUCCCUAAUCCUGGAAAAUGGAGAUCUUUGUUUGGUAGCAACAAAGGGAGCAUCAUUGGAUUCAUCCUCCUGCAAGCUGGAAUUUCUAAAUCUUCAAUCGAUUGAAGGUAAGAGGACUAUAAUCUCUUCUACAGAUAUUAUUGAUGAACUUAGGUUUUGCGAUAAGUUUGUAUUUGGGUAUUUUGUGGGUCGAAAGCCACCUUUCAAUGCAGUGAAGGAAGCAAUGGGAAAAGCUUGGAAUCUUAAGGGAGGAUUUAGAAUGUCUCUUCAUGAAGAAUCAAUGUACAUCUUUGAAUUUGAUUUGGAUGAGGACAGGGUUGCUGCCAUAGAGAUGGGAUCUGUCACAAUUUUAAAGAAGUUAUUUCUGAUCAGACCUUGGCAAUUAUUCAUCGAGCAUAGCAUUCAAGAAUUGAAGUCUGUUCCGGUGUGGAUGAAUUUGAGAAAAGUUCCAAUUCAUUUAUGGAAUGCCAAAGGCUUAAGCAUGAUUGCUAGUGGUAUUGGAACUCCAAUAUGUUCUGAUAAACACACAUUAGAAAGGACAAGGAUGAGUUAUGCAAGAGUUUGUGUUGAAAUGGAUGUAACUAGCGAUUUUCCAUCCUUCAUCCCUAUUUUGUUUGAUGGCAAAGAACUAGAAAUCUCGGUUGAAUACACUUGGAAACCUCCAAGAUGCCAGGCUUGCGCAACAUUUAGUCACUCUAGUGCUAAAUGUCCCAAGGUCUCUGCUAGUAAGGUUACCAAGAAGAUCUGGGUACCAAAAUUGAGCAAAACCAACAAGGAGACUUUGGGUAGGCUGGAAGAGUCUCAAAGACUAGAUUUAGAGGUGGUCAAUGCGGAUAUGAAUAUAAAGAAUGUCUCUGAGACUGAUAUCGACAAGGCUGGAAAUUUGGAGACUCCUAGGAAUGAGGAGCAUAAUGACAGUGGAAGCCUAACAGAAAAAGGGGAGUCCCGUGUACAAUCAAAUGAAGAGAUGGUAGAUAAUGCUGCGCAUAUCUCUAUUGAGGAGAAGGCAGACUCCCCUGAUGUGGAAAGGAAAUACGUUAGGCGAAAGAACAAGGGAAGUACCAAAGAAAAUGAAAAGAAAGUAGAUGAGCUCAAAAAUAAGAAUUCUUUUGAAUCUCUUAUUGAGGUUAAUGAAGACCUUCCCUCUGUAGAGACUUUUGUGUCUCAAAGCAACAACAAUGAUCAACACAAUGAAGACACUACGUAUGUGGAUGAUUGUGUAGAGUCAAAUGAGGAGUCAGAAUAUGAAACCGAUAAUGAAGAGACUUCUGUGGAGAAGUUUAAACCCAUUGAGGAACACCUUGUUUGUUUGCAGCUGACUCGGCGUCUAGGUCUGAGUCAACCCCUGACUCGCACCGAGUCAGCAGUCAGAAUGUUUGGUUUCCAAUUUUGAUAAUCCCUGACUAGGCGCCUGAGUCAAGUUCAACCCCUGACUCGAUCCCUCUGGAGUCAGGUAUCGUAAUAUCCCUGAGUCAUGAGAGUUAACAUCUGAGUCGACCGAAAAGGCUAAAAUAUCCUCGGCCUUUUAAAACUAAAAUGUCCUUUCCUUUCUCAUUUUUUCGUUCUUCGAUGGAAAAAAACAAAUUGGGAGAACGAAAAAACCCUAUAUCACCUUAAUCUUUAUCAGCUGAUCUUCUUCAUCUUUCUCAAUUCAUAUUCUGCAUCUCAUUAAACAAUUUUACUCAUCUUUUCCAUCUCUUUAAACCCAUCUGAGUUAUUAUUAUUUAUUUAUUUUUAAAAAAUCAUCAACUUCAGUGGAUGAGAUUAUGGAACAUGAGUUUUUCUUAUUUAGGAACAUGAGCUUUUCUUAUUUGGGAAUAUGGGUUUUCUUCUAAUUGAGUUCUUAAAUGGCUUUCCGGGAGAAGGAAGAGGAUAAAAGUUGUGUGAAGUAGGUGCACUUGGUGGAGUACAGCAGAUAAAGAGAAAUGGAAUUUUCCCACUUAUUCUCCACUAAUCCAGUGGUACUUGGGCACUAGAGUAGUGGCUCGUUUUUUUGUCGAGUGGAAAUCAGGAUGGAUAUAUGAUGCAUUUCUUGAAGAUUUUAUCAACGGUGGUGAGUCGACAUCUCUUUUGGACUGCGUUAAGCUGACUGUCAGAGCCUUAAUUACUCUUGCGGACGCAAUUCCACCAGCACGAGCUGGUCUUGCUUCUGUGGCCCCUAAUGGAACAGAUGGGUCCUCAGCUUUCGCCAAACAAAAUGCUUUUGCACCAUCUCAAGGACCAUUCCCAAGUAGUUCAUACGUUACCCAAACUCCUGCUCCAGUGAAUCCUCCCUUGAAUGAUGUUUGGGGGUCAAGGAAUGCAUGGUGUUGUUAUAUUGCUUGCUCGUUAUUUCCCAUUGAUGUCUCUGUUGUACUAAGAGGGCCUUAUUGGUUACUCACAGUUCGCUUCUCGGGAUAAUUUGUUCUUCUUCUUUUUUUCUGCAAAGAGUUUCCAUCUAUAUAUGUGCAAGUUACAGUUCAGUUGCUACUGAACAUACUAUUAUUGGUGAACGAAAGCAAAUGAAUGUGUAUGUUCCCUUUUUAGUUCAAGGUUAUAAAUGAAUGGAGAGUAAAAAAAUGAUACCUGAUAA